UCACCCGUCCUGUGUACACUUAUCUAACGAAUGUGCGAUUACGCGAGACGAUCUGGGCCACCCUAGUGCCGCCAGUUUCAGUCGGUUCAUCGCCCGAGUAAGUAUGGAUAGCCAUUUUGAGGAAUUGUGCGAGAUACAGCAAAACGAUGAUCUCGGCAGAUUCCUUGUCGCAAAGCGUCCCAUCAAAGCUGGUGAGCUAAUACUAGCGGAAGAACCGAUCGUCGUUGGACCGUAUUGGGAUGCGGACAUCAGCUGCCUCAAUUGCUUACGGGCAGCUAACCGAACAUGCAAAAAGUGUCACAAGGCACCGCUGUGCAGGGACUGUCUGCAGCAUGAUCAGGUGGAGUGCGAAUUUUAUGAACGAUCAACAAGCUUAGGAAAAAACUUUCUGUUUGAUCACUUCAACAUCGUUACGCCCGUACGGUGUCUCCUGCUAUAUCGGCGUGAUAGAAGUAAGUGGGAGCAGCUCAUGGCCAUGCAGUCCCACUGCGAUAGUCGCAGGGGUACGGAAAUCUGGGACAUUCACGAGCAGUACGUAGUACAGCCAAUGUUGCACGAGGAGGCAUUUCGUAUGAUCGAUGACCUGGUCAUAAGUGCGGAGCUACUGCAACGCAUCUGUGGUGUGCUGGAUGUGAAUACAUUCGAAAUUCGGGGCAACAUGGACAGCCAGGGUGUGCAGAUGAACAAUCUGGCACGUGGCCUCUACCCACAAACCUCCCUGAUGACGCACAACUGUCGAACAAACACGCUGAUUGCGGUUGAUGGAAUGUCGAAGUUGCGAUUGUACGCGUCCCUUAACAUAAUGGCAGGAGAGCUCCUGUACUACAACUAUACAAGAGUUUUGUUCAGCACGUUCGAGAGACAGACACAUCUACGCAAAGGCAAAUAUUUUAUCUGCACUUGCGAACGCUGCCGGGAUCCUACCGAGUGUGGGACGCAUCUUAGUUCGAUAAAGUGUACUGAAUGUACCGACGGUCUAUGUUUAUUCUACGACGAAUCUCCCAGAUGGGAGUGUAAUUCCUGUGGCCAUCAGUUGCAGCGCGAGUAUGUGAACCAUGUUAUGUGUGAGGCUCGGGAAGAUGUUUCCAGCUGCUCGUUGGAUAUACGUAACCUAGAGAAGGUGAUUGGAAAGCAUUCAAAAACUCUCAAUCCGCAGCACGCGCUCGUACUGGAAGCUAAACAGAACUUGGCAGGAGAAUUGCGAAGCAUGUGUAUGUCGUACGAACCCCAAAACAUGCCACGUAAUGCGCUCAGGCGAAAGCUAGAAUUAUGCGAAGAAAUGUUGCAGAUUCUUCGUGUACUGGAUCCUGGCAUCUCGCGAUUAACCGGCAUCGCUCUCUAUGAGUACCAUGCAGCGCUGGUAGAACUAUCGCGACGUAACCAUGGCACAGGAGAAAUUAAAACCCCCGAAUUGCAGGGAAAUUUACACACGGCCGAGAGUGUUCUGAAGGAAGCGAUCGGUAUGCUUGUGUUCGAACAUCCUACCACUCCCGAAGGUCAGCUGACGAAGAAAGCUAUGUGUGAGCUUAAGGAAUUGCGUGAAUAUAUACAAAAUGUACAGGCACUUGCGGAGGACGAGAAGACCGAUCGCCAAUUUAGGGGUAAGCGAGCUGCCAAUGGUAAGAAAUUUGUGAAAUAA